AUGCGCUCCUCGCGCUCGCUCAGGGCGGCGCUGGUGACCCUCGCGUUCCUCGCCACCUCGAGCGCGCAGGAUCUAAACCUUGGCUCGCUGCGUUACUGCGGCAAGCAGGUGCUGAGCGAGGUGGAUGAUAACCUCAGCGGGGUGUCCGUCGAUCCGAACGACGGCACCCUCGUCGCGGUCGUCAACAAGCCUCCGAUGCUGGUUCGGUACGACCCGUUCGCUUCCACGUCGGGGUGCGCGUUGACAAAACGCGAGGGCAUCGAGGCGUCGGCGUGGGAUUCCGAGGGCGUGACUUUCCUGGGCGCCUCCCACGUGGCCGUGAGCCAGGAGGCGGAUCUGGACGAUCCGAUCCCCGGACAACGAGUCAUCGUGUACGACGCCCGCACGUUCCAGCCGACGGGCGAGGCGUACCAACUCAAGGCCCUGGACGAAGAGCCGGUCAAGCAUAACAGUGGGCUGGAGGGCGUGGCGUACGAUCCGAGCACCGCGACGUUUUUCGUGGCGCGCGAGGGGAAGCACGACGACGGGAAAAUGGCGGUGUACUCCUUCCAGCGGGAACCGACCCUCGCCGCGACGGGCGAGGAAGACCCCGACGUGGACUUCUCGACGGUGUUCCGGGGCAACGACGCGUUCGAUGACGCGGGGGUUUCGAUGACGGACCUCGCGGGGGUGUCCUUCGUGCCGAACCGGGACCCGUCGCUGUUGCUCCUGUCGCAGGAGACCAAGACCGUCGCGUUGCUUCGGCUCGCGUCGAAUCAAAGUACCAACGACGACCCGCCCGUCACCGCCGCCGUCGUCGGGUCGCUCGUCGUCCCAGACGAGGAGGCCAAUCAGCCGGAAGGGGUGGCGUGGGACCACGACAGGCGGCGCCUCUGGGUCGUCGGCGAGCCGAACGAGCUGCUGCUGUGGGCGGAGGACUGCGCGGCUUUUCCGCGGGGGUGCGACGGGGAGGACGACGGUGACGAUGAUGGUGAGGACGACGGGGGUGGGGAGGGCGACGGGGGUGGGGAGGACGACGGGGGAGGGGAGGACGACGGUGACGACCGGGAUGACGGGGGCGGCGAGGAUGACGGGGACGGGGAGGGCGGGGCGGUGCUCGGGGGCGCUCCUCCUCCUCCAAAAAAAGCGGGGUUGGAAAAGGGCGGCGUCUCGGCGGCGGCGUUCGUCGCAGUCAUCGUGGCGGGCGCGGCGGGGUACUUGGCGUAUGCGAGGCGCGAGGCGCUCGCGGAGAGGUGGCGCGAUGUCGUCGGCGGGGGGCGCUCGGGCGGUUUCGAACGCGGGAGGUUCCUCGAGCUCUCGGAGGACGUCUGA